GCUCUCGUAGCCACAGAUUCCCAGGUCUCAGCAGCCCCGUCCUCAAGCACCACCAGCAACAAGUCACUAUGGCGUCUCUUUUGAGGGUCUUGUUCUUCCUUGCUGUUGUCGGAGUGUCUUUCGCUGCGCUUUUCAGAGGGAAAGCAGAGGUUCACAAAGACUUCCCUGGUAAGUGCUAUGUCGCAAGCCUAGGAACCGGCUUUAACCCGGGUUCCUCGUGGCCCAUGAGUGAGAAGUGCGCGAAGAGGACCUGCUAUGAAGAAGACGGAGAACUUUAUUUCGAGGAAGCAAGCUGCGGCGUGGCGAUCCCGUCCGCAAACUGCAGAGUUGUGGAAGAAACAACGCUGCCUCACCCCUACUGCUGCCCCAGGCUGGACUGUAACUAAUCGAAGACGAAGGAUUGAACAGAGAAAAAGAAAAUGAUGUUUAUCAUUUUCAAAAAUCACAUAAAAAAUCGUGAUGUUUAUCGCAGUUAUUUCUUUCUUUGUGUUUCGUUUCUAGUUUUAUUUCUUUUCAGUGGGGUUGGAAUAAAAAGAUUGAUCAAGA